AUGGCGAGCAGCGCCGACACGAAAUAUUGGCCUUUGACCACGUACGACGUGGCUGCGCUGAAAUAUAUGACGACUGAUGUUGUCGUUGACUUUGCACUCUACGGUGUACAGGCCACGAUCUCUAUGGCAGCCAUAACUAUUCUCGCACGUCGGCAUGGUCGAUCGCACUUCACACUCGCAGCCAUAUUGGGGCUCUUCCUAUCGUCCACGAUCUCGAUCGUUGCCAACCUGAUAUUAUAUCUCAUGCAACUUCCGACGGCGCUCGGCACGUCGGAGCGCGCCAUCGACGAUUCACUGUUUGCUCUCAAUAUCCUGAUCGGUGCAGCUCACGACCUCAACUAUAUUCUAAGCGAUGCCGUCCUUGUCUGGCGAGCUUGGUGUUUAUGGCCGGAAAGCCGCCUGAUCAAAUGUAUAUUGACACUUUGCAUCAGUGGAAGCGUCGGUGGCGGCAUUGCAGAGUGUGUAUGGGCAUUCUUGCCAGGCCCAUCUGUCAUGGAAAAGCUCGAGAGCAACACGCAGCUGCUUACUAGGCUGAUCCCCCUCCUCUCGACCAAUGUCGUUGCAACGGUUCUCAUCGGGACCAAAGUAAUUCAAUACCGAAAGGAGAUCAAGAAAUUCCUUGGCCUCUUCGCGCAGAAAACCAGAACGGAGAUGAUGCUUCUGCUGCUCUUUGAAUCGGGACUCGUAUAUAUUGCCUUCUGGGUCAUCAGUGGUGUCUUGGCCACCGUUGCAGACGAUGACCCAUUUUCCAGCCUAAGCAUCUUCAACAGUGUCGCCCAUCACGUCGCCAGUAAUACGACCCAGACAUUACUCAGUGCUCAGGUGUCCGCCGUCAUGCGCACUGUGGUCACGCCUGAAGAGCACGAGGGUGCGCUGCAGUCGGACACAAUGCAUGAAUCCCAGCCUUCAGAUCCCGCUGGAGCAUGCGACAUCGAAGCGCAGAACAGUUGUGCUGGCAGCGUCUCCUAUUCGUCUGUCCCCCACGGUCGCGAGAAUCCCCGGCCAUGCGAGGGCGUUGUUGAAGCGGGACGCGAGUCGCCCCUAUGA